AUGGUUGAAGGUAAAAUACGGAACGUUUAGGGGUUGUAGAUUAUUUUAUGUUGAAAUUUAGAGUCUUUGCGAUUGUUUAUAAGUUGUUUUUUGUCAAAAGUUUGAUUGAAACCACGUCUUUUUUGAUGAUGUCAUAGUUGAUAGAAUUGUCGGAAAAAAAUGGUAUUUUGAACUUCUAGAGUGCAGUGAAAUGGCUCGUAGAGUAUUUAGAUGUGAUUAUUUUGCAUUUCAAGAUGUUUAUUUUUAAAAUACGGGGUGCCCUCCUUAUGUGGGAUGAUUAACAUAAACUAUCAAAAAAGUUACCCGAAAGCUAACUUGUUAAAAAUCCAUUGCGAUAUUGUGAUUUACAUUCUAUCAGUUGUAAUUCCUCAAAAUUUUGCUGCAUCUUUCUUACUUUAACAAAAGUUAUGACAUUUUUUUCAAAACUCAACCUAAAAUUUCGAUUUUUCAAGACAACUUUUCUAUUUUCCUGUCCCUUUCAGCUUGGCAUUUGCAAUCGGUCUACCUCGGGCAAGGCCCUCAGAAGGCGCCACAAAACAAGCCGGGUGCUCAGCAGCAGAAUCAGGAGCUGACCCCGGUCCCAGCCAAUCAACUGCCUCCAUCCAGCAGUGAGGGGGACUCGGCCGAGAUUCCUCCUCGUAAGUCCAUUUAAAAUUAUUUAUUUUGUCGCUCAGCCUCUUCCCAGCCAGUCCAGCUGUCUCAAGUCCCAAAAGCAGGCACUCCACCGCCGAAGAAAACCGGUCAACCAGCACAAUCGGCGUAUAUUGGAGCACAGACGGGUAGUAAAUAUCAGCAAUCCAAUUAUGUGGGACAAUCGAGUCCGAGUGCGUUUGCUUGACAUUUGAGUGGAUUUUUAUUGACGUUUAGGCCCAGCUAGACCAAGUGCGUCUCCAAAACCAGGAGCUGCUCAGGCCGGAAACCAGCAGUAUUUCGGAAAGGAUGCCGCUGGUCCUACGGAAUACCCUGCGGGUAAGCGAUGUUUUUACUGAGUGGAAUAUUGAGUUUCUCGUGUUUUAGGAGGCGGUCAAGGCCCUCCACCCGGCGCUGAUGACAAAUUUGUCCAAUCCGUCUACUUUGGUCAAGGUCCCGUCAAUGGCCAGAAUGCUCGGCCUGGAGGUCCCGCAAGCAAAGGUAGGCCGUGUUUUCGUUUAUUUUUUGACUUUUAGGCUACACCUGGUCGAUUUCCAAAAAUUUGUGACGCAUUUUUCCGAAUCAAUAAUUUUUGUGACAUUUCGUCAAAAUCGAUAAAAUUUGUUGACAUUCCGUCGAAUAAUUGAUAAUUUCAGGUGCUGCUGGUCAAGCAAAUGCUAGCCAAAUCGGAGCUGCCAAAACUCAAGGUAAUUUUUUGUUUUUGAAAAUCCAAUAAUUUUGGUGACAUUUCGUCAAAAUUUUUUUUGACAAGAAAUUUUCAGCCAGCACUGUCAAAACAGUUGAUGAAUCCAACACUGCGGAUGCGAAGCUGACCCCAGCACCGGUCGGAAAUCAAGCCGACAAGGAGCGUGAAAAAGCCCUGGCAGAGCAAAAACGCCAACUUCAGGAACGCGAAGAAGCCGAAAAAGCCGAAGCCAAGCGCUUGGAAGCCGAGAAGAAGCGACUGGAAGAAGAAAAGGAACGUUUGGCCAAGGAAAAGGAGGAGUUGGAGAAGGAAAAGGAACGUUUGGCCAAGUUGAAGGCCCAGAAAGAAAAGGAAGCCAAGGAAAAGGAGUUGAAGGACAAGGAGGGGAAGGAAAAAGAUGCCAAAGAGAAGGAUGCAAAGGAUAAGGACAAGGGAGAAACCAAGGAAGCCAAGGAGGACGCUAAAGCGGAUGCCAAGGCCGGCGCAAAGGGAGCUGGAGCCAAACGUAAGCGACUUUUGGGAGUGCACAGUGCAGGCGGAGGAAUACAACAAAUUCUGAUGCACUGUGCAGUGGCGACAAGAUGUUGCACUUUGCGUCUUCCUUUUUUGACUGCACUGUGCAGUGAAUUUUGUUGCUUGAUUGCACUGUGCAGUUGCGACACAAUUUCGCACGGUGCGAAAAGUCCUUUGUGUGACUGCACUGUGCAAUUAAUUUUGUCGCUUGAUCAAUUGCACUGUGCAGUGGCGACAAGAUGCUGCACGGUGCGAAAAGUCGUUUGUUUGACUGCACUGUGCAAAUGAUUUUGUCGCAUGAUCAAUUGCACUGUGCAAUGAAUUUUGUCGCUCUUCCAGUUGCACUGUGCAGUUGCGAAAAAAAUGUUGCACAGUGCGAAAAGUUUUUUUUUUUGACUGCACUGUGCAAAGAAUUUUGUCGCAUGAUCAAUUGCACUGUGCAGUUGCGACAAAAUAUUGCACUGUGCGAAAAGAUUUUUUGACUGCACUGUGCAGUUGAUUUUGUCGCUUGGUGAGUCGCACUGUGCGGUUUGAUUUUCAAGUUUGACCCGCGAUGAUUCAAGCGGAAUUUUUAAAAAAUGCACGGUGCAAUAAUGUUUUUUGACACCGCACAGUGCAAUUUUUUGGGGGGUCUGUCUGCACAGUGCAGAAUUUUGAAUUUUUGGAUAAUUUUUUUUGUUUUCAGAGAAGCACAAGUAUUCUGGCGGUCCGUCCCUGAACGCUGAUCGCAAAGAGAAGCUGAAUGUGGAAGUGGAGCCUGGAAAAGUUGUUUAUGCUCGUAAGUUUUGGGGUUCGGUUCAAUUUUGCCUGGUGUAAUAUAAAGUUUUGGUCUUUUUGGGAUUUUUUUGAUUAUUUUGAGACGACGGGGGUUUUUUGAGAAUAUUUUGAGGUUUUUGACUUUAUUUUUUGGGGAAUUUUUCAUUUUCAGAAAAAAAAAAUUUUUUUAUUUUUUUUUUUUUUUUUUGAAAAUUUUUGUAAAUUUUUUCUAAAAAUCUUCUUUUCAGACCCUUACGACCGUCAACAGAUUGUGGACAUUAAUCUGAAGAAUGUGAGCGGCGAAAUUGUCCACUAUAAAGUCAUGGCCACCCAGCCCAAAUUCUAUAGGGUCAAGAACAAGCAGAAUGUCAUCCUUCCCGGACAAUCGGCCGUGGCCGCGAUUCGUCUGGAGAUCCUGAAAAAUCCGGCCAAAUGCAAAAAGGAGAACCAUCGAAUCAUCAUCCAAACGGCGGUCUCGAAAAAGGCCCAAGAAGAUAAAAAGUUCUGGAGAGAUAUUGAUGGGAAGAAGAACCGAGUCCAGUUCAACAGAAUUCCGGUGGUAAGUGAGGGGAAAAUAGGGUUGAUUACGAAGAUUUUUUUGAGGAUAUAUUUUUUUUUUUUUUUUUUUUUGAUUUUUUGGCUUUUGCACGGUGCAAUUUUUUGGACUUUUGGUUUUUAACGGUGCAAUUUUUUUAACAAUUUUUUGCACGGUGCAUUGUUUUGGACUUUUGGUUUUUGCAUGGUGCUAUUUUUCAAAAAAAAAUUUUUUUGCACAGUGCAAUUUUUUGGAUUUUUUAUUUCUGCACGGUGCGUUUUUUUAAUGUUGUUUUCUGCACGGUGCACUUUUCUAACCUUUUUUUAUUUUGCACAGUGCACUUUUUUGCAUUUUUUUGCACUGUGCAUUGACAUUUUUUCCAUUUUUUUUGCACCGUGCAGUUCAUAAAGUUUAAUUUUUUGCACCGUGCAAAUUGUGAGGUCAAAUUUUUUUGCACUGUGGAGUUCUUGGCGUCAAUAUUUUCGCACCGUGCAAUUCGGAAAGUCUCAUUUUUUUGCCCCGUGCAGUUGUUGAAGUCAAAUUUUUUUGCACUGUGCAGUUUGUAAAGUCUAAUUUUUUCGCACUGUGCAGUUCUUGAGGUCAAUUUUUUUGCACUGUGCAGUUCGUAAAGUCUAAUUUUUUCGCACUGUGCAGUUCUUGAGGUCAAUUUUUUUGCACUGUGGUGUUGUUGGGGUCAAUUUUUUCGCACCCUGCAGUUUGGAAAGUCUCAUUUUUCUGCCCCGUGCAGUUCUUGAGGUCAAAUUUUUUUGCACUGUGCAAUUUGUGAGGUCAAUUUUUUUUGCACUGUGCAGCAGAUUUGAGCUUUAUUUUUGGACAGUGCGAUGAUUUCUUAUUUUUGAAUUUUUGCACUGUGCAUUUCUCAAUUUAUUUUUUUUUGCACAGUGCAAAAAUAAAAAAAUAAAAAACUUUUUUUCAAAAAUAUUUUUUUUCAGAAACUCCUCCUGGAAGGCGAAAAGGACGACGUGGACGGUGAAGAAGUGGAAUACGACAACAACCAGCCCUUCAUUGUGGAGCCGGAGUCGGAUUUGAUCUUCCGCGGACCCUAUGAUGACGCCGUUACUUCGCCGAUCUGUGCCAUCAACAACACGGACAAACACAUGUUUGUGAAGGUCCUGAUCACGAAUCCCGGCCCCUUCCGUGUCCGCCCCAACUUUUGCGCGAUUGCCCCAAGGUCCAUGCAGAUUUUCGCCGCCAUUUUGGAGCCUCAAAACCCCAAGGAUCUGGAGAAAAUCCAGAAAAAGAAGAACAAGUUCAUGUUGGAGUACGCGGAGAGCGAGAAGGGCGAUCAAGACCCGGAACACUUUUUCCAAAAACAUCCCAAGAACAUCCAGUCCAUCAAGUUGAACGCCACCUUCCAGAAUGAUUGA